CAAAGCGAUUUAAUACACACAACUACAGAUCGAUCUCAAUAUCCGAUCGUACGACGAUAAUAACUAGAACUCUUCGAAGAUCUAGGCAGUUUCGAUCUACAGUUCAGUUCAACAUGUUGACUAUGAAGGAUUUCUUCCUCCGACCGUCCUUCGAGUCGGAGCAAGAAGCUCAAGAUUGGGAAAAGCUGCAGAAAACCGUCCAGCACGCGAAGCAGUUCAACACCGAUUUCGAUCACAUCGUUCUGCACAAAGAUCUGUUCGGGACCUUCUUCUGCUACUACCUAGGAGAGAUACGCUACAGGAUCAUCCAGAUUCUGUCCGAAUUCACCAAAGUUGAGUGGCGUGAAGCGAAGCCAGAGCAUGAACCUGACCCAUUCGGAGGCUUCGGGGCACCUCCGCCGAAGAAGAAGGCGCCCAAAGAAGAGAAGGAACUUCACAUCCCUGAGUACGGCAUCCUAGUGAAGGGCUACAAGGAGAAACUCCCGCUGGACUGUUGCGGCCAGCAGUUCAAAACGUUGAACAUGCUUCGUUUGCAUUACCACGCCGAACACGAAAAGCACUACCUGUUUGAGGCGAACACGUGCGAAAUGAAAGCGUCGCUGCUGAGGAUGUGUGUCUUCCGGCACGAGCUAGACGAGUUCGUUCGAAGCGGAAUCGCCUGCAACGGGGCGUUAAGUUUUCAAUUGCUGAAAAUUUUGCGAAAAAUCAUUCCCAUCAUACGGUACUAAGUAGUGGAUUCCGGUGUUGUUGCUGUGGCGAUUGGAGAGAGAUAAAAAGAAUUGAAGAUUUUGUUAUUUUAAAUCUGAAUAAUUUAAAUGUCAUUCUUGUAGCUCUUAAAUGUGUCAAUCUAUUUGUACUAGAAUUUACCAAGGAUAAUUAAAACAAUAAAUAUAACUAAGCA